AUGAAGAAAAUGUGGCAGGAUUCAAAGCUUGAGAGAAAUAGUCGAUUUGGCGUGGAAAAUAUUUAUAAUUCAGGUCAGAGUGGAUUUCAGUUAGAAUUUCAUUCUGGUUGUACUUUAGCUCCAAAAUUUAUUAAAAACGUAGAAUCUAUAGUACAGUCUACAUCAGCAACCACGCAUAGCUAUACAAUUCAACCGACUAUUUCGGCUGAUGGUAGAUUAUUAUCACCUCUUUUCAUAGUAUUAAAAGAAAUUACAGGAACAUUUAGUCCGAGAGUACAAGAAACAUUAUUCAACGCGUCUAAUAUCUUUGUUACGGCUUCAAAGUCAGGCAAAUUAACAUCAAAUCAUGUAAAAACUUGGCUAAAGGAAGUCUUUUUUCCGAAUGUCGGGCCACAAUCAGUAUUGUUGUUAGAUUCGUGGAGUGGACAUUGCCCUAAGAUAGUUUCAGAAACUAAACCAGAUUCUGCAACAGAUAUUGUUUUCCUAACUAUUCCGGCCGGUACAACGGGAAAAAUACAGCCAUUAGACGUAUACGGAUUUCGAUUGUGGAAGAAUUUUAUUAAAUACUUUUCUGAUACUAUUAUGUUGUUAGAUCUGGCUUUAGAUCUUCAUAAUAGAAAUAAUAUCUUGAAAUUACAGUCAUUAACACACCAUCAAUCUCGUCACCCAGGUUUCAAAAUAUAUUUAAAUAUGCGUGGACUAAUAGCGUCUUCCACUGGCAAGAACUCGCACUCAGUGCCCCCUAGUUUUUCAGUUUUUUGGUGGGAUAACACAAAACUCCACCAGUUUCGCACGCUCAAUGGAAUACAUCUUAAAACUUUUAAGAAAGUUUUAAGAAAGAGCGGGAAAUAA